AUGUUGGAUAGUAAAAAAGCAUUGCUGGACAAUAGAUUUACGAAGUUCGAGGAAAAUGCUGUCCAAGUGGCGGUGGCUGCUGGACAGGAAACGAUUGUUUCAGAGUUGUUGGCACGAGAAGCAAAUCCAGAAUUUCUGAAAGAAAAAAACAAUUACGGUGAAACGACGCUUACUCUCGCUGUUGCAAGAGGGAAUAUGCCUAUUGUCGAGAUGUUAAUGAACAAAUACGAGGAUUUAGUGGAAGUAACGAAUGCUCAAGGACAGUUACCUGUUGUUGUGGCUGCUCUCCACGACCACGAGGAAAUAGUUCGUUAUCUUUAUGACUGCACUCUUGUUGAAAACUUAUUUGAAGAACAUAAAAAAGAUCAAAGUUUGAGUACAGGCAAAAAAGUUAAAAAAGUUCUUCUAGAUCUAAAGGAAGAGAGCAACCAGGCUAAAGAGAAACAUCCAAUUAAUUAUGAUCAGUUGUAUCAAGAUAAUUUCGAGGUCCUUGGAGUCUCCAUCAACACUAAACUCCAUGGUUAUGAGCAAAACUACAACUUCAAGCUCGAGAGUAAAGAUUUGAAACCAGUUUCAAGUAUCCUUGAUGAUGAUGAAGGAACUUCCAAUGGGUAUUUAAGCAAGCAUAAUGGGUUUAUGCUUUUCAAAGCAUGCAUCACGGCUGGAAUCUAUGAUAUUGCUUUGGAGGUUUUCAAGCUAGGUCCAGAUCAAUGCAUUGAAGGAAUGAAGAAGGAGAAAGGUUUGCAGGUAAAAAGGCCUGAAACAAGACUUUUAGCAAACGUACUUCCCGAUCGCGAUGGCAACACCCUCCUUCAUCAAGCUGCAAAGUUAUCACCAUCCCCUCAACUUAGCCAAUUUCUUGGUCCAACUCUACAGAUGCAGAGAGAGCUACAACGAUUUAAGGAAGUGGAGAAGAUGGCACCUAAGUGCAAAGGAUUACUAAACUAUAAGAACCAAACUCCAAAAGAUUUAUUUGAUAAGCAACACAAUGACCUUAAGAAUCAAGGACGAGACUGGUUGAAGGAAAUAGCAACAUCUUGUUCAUUAGUGGCAACCCUGAUUGUGACUAUAAUCUAUGAUAUUCUUGGGGAUUCAUACAUCGCUUUUCAGAGAAGAAGAUUUCCUAAUCAAGUUGCCGCUGGCUUUGAUGUUCGGCCGUUUCACUCUUUUCCUCUCCAUUGCAACGAUGUUGGUAGCUUUCGGUACUGCCCUAGUCAUAAUGUUACGCGAGCGCUUUGUGUGGAUCUCUAUACCACUGCUUAUGCUAGGAAGUAUUCCAGUCAGCAUUUAUGCAAUACUGCAUGUUCGGAUCUUCUUUCACGUUCUCCGUUUGACCUUCCGAAGCCCAACACAUUGAGAAACUAUACAUCAGAGUAUGCUGAAGAAGAAAAAACAAAAUGA